ACGAUUCUGGUCAUGUGACAGACGAAGGGCUAAAGAUAGCGUAUUGCGUUCAAGUUCAAGUCGACCGAAGCGUUUAGAGAGGACGAACAGGCGUUUACGUUAGUGCGAUAAAGUAACGACUGAAUUGACUGUCGAGAUGGAACAGCAGCCUUUGAUUCGACCGCCUGCCGCAGAAGCUGGACCAUCUGCACCGCCUGGUGAAGAUCCUCCUCCGUACGAGGAACCGAAAGCUGACAUGUCGAAGCUUCCUAAAUAUUCGGAUGUUGCCGGCUCUCACGGCUACCAGGGACAUCAAGGUGGCCACCUGUAUCCAGGCAUGCAGCCGAACCCUCACAUGUAUGGUGGAUAUCAGGCACAUCAAGGUGCAUAUCCACAGCACAUGACUGGUCGUGGACAGCAGACGGGCGGAAUGACAAGUCGUGUUUAUGUUCAUCAGCCGAUGGCCGGAGGAAUGACGAAUGUUAUUCAAGGUUCUCCUCCUGACUACCUCGGUCUUUCGAUCUUCUCUUUGAUUUGUUGUUGCUGUCCUAUUGGCAUUUUUGCCCUGCUUCAGUCUCUCAAGACUCGAGAUUUGGUGGCCUCUGGAAAUAUCUCGGAAGCAGUGGAGACGUCUCGUUCUGCCCGAGUUUUGAACCGAAUCGCCAUUGCCAUCGGGACGUUUGUGAUUGCGGCCAUUGUCACGGCAGUAACAAUCGCUAUCAUUUCUUCAGGUAAUGAUUCCGGGCCCUAGAUUGUCAUACGAAAGCAUUGGUAGGACUUGAGCUUUCUGCAGUAUACUGGAUGCUGUUUAGCUGUUGCAUUGACUGUCAUUGUGUAUUGAUUCUGCUGCUUUUAGUUGUUCUAAUUCUUACUCGGUGCUUUGGUAGUUAGUGUCUACUGUGGUAGCUUUAUUCUUCAUAGCUAGAUUUGUCUAUUUGUGAUGCACGUAGAGCAUCAAUUGAAUAGUUAUUUAUA